UCUCCAUCCAAAUUCCAAAUCGCUGCAAGCGAAAAACCACCGAAACCGUUCGUGACGCACCAACCGCUCCCCCCGCGCCACCAGCAACUCCCACCCGCGGCGGGUUCCAGAACCUUCCAGAACCCAGGGCCUCCGGGGGACUGGUGGAAGCGGCCCGGAGAUCUCGGCGGGGCGGCCCAUGGCGGGCCCGUGCUGAGGGCGGCGCGCGCCGGUCCGGGGGGAGGGCGGCGAGCUCGAGAUCCCGAUGCAGAUCCGGGAGGGGCCCGCGCGGCGUGCGGCGCCGUCCGCCGCCGGGGCGCUGCGGUUGCCGAUGUCCGCCAUGAUGCUCGCCAUGUUCGCCACCAUGGCCUCCUUCUACGUCGCCGGCCGAUUGUGGCAGGAUGCUCAGAACAGAGUUUACCUCAUUAAAGAGCUUGACAGACGAACAGGCCAGGGGCAAUCGGCAAUAUCUGUGGAUGAUACCUUGAAGGUUGUUGCAUGCAGGCAGCAAGGGAAGAGGUUGGCAUCACUUGAGAUGGAGCUGGCUGCAGCAAAGCAUGAAGGAUUUGUAGGGAAAUACACCCCUGAGACAAAUGGAACUCAUUCUAGAAAGAAGCCACUGAUUGUUAUUGGAAUAAUGAGUAGUUUCGGCCGGAAAAACUACCGUGAUGCUGUCAGGAAAUCAUGGCUUCCAACAGGUUCAAUGCUGAAGAAACUAGAAGAAGAAAAAGGCAUUGUAGUACGUUUCAUAGUUGGAAGAAGUGCAAAUCGAGGAGAUACAUUUGAUAGGGAGAUUGAUGACGAAAAUAGGAGUACCAAGGAUUUCUUGAUCUUGGAUGAUCAUAUAGAGUCUGAUGAAGAACUCCCUAAGAAGACAAAAAGCUUUUUUGCUAAUGCCGCAGAGACUUUUGAUGCUGCAUUUUACGCUAAGGUCAAUGAUGAUAUAUACAUAAACGUUGAUACUUUGAGUGCAAUGCUUGAAACUCACUGGGACAAACCCCGUGUCUAUAUAGGCUGUAUGAAAUCUGGCGAAGUUUUUUCUGACUCAACCCACAAGUGGUAUGAACCAGACUGGUGGAAAUUUGGUGAUGGGAAAUCGUACUUCCGACAUGCUUCUGGUGAAAUGUUUGUCAUAUCGAGGGCUGUAGCUCAGUUCAUUUCUAUAAACAGGUCUCUGCUCCGGACAUAUGCCCAUGAUGAUGUUAGUGUAGGAUCGUGGAUGAUUGGGCUUGCUGUGAAGCAUGUAAACGAAGCUAAAUUGUGCUGUUCAUCAUGGCCCUCAGGUGCAAUGUGUUCGGCCCUUUGAUGAACAACUAUUGCUGAGAAAGAGUUUUGCAAACAGCUUGUUAGGCUCACUAGUGUGGUGGACGAUUCAUACAGUAUGCGGAGAAGAGAUGGGAUCGGCAUGAAGAGAAAAAUGUUUUUCUUCUGCCACUUUUUUGUGGCAUCCUUUGGACGAAGCUUGUGCUAGUUCAUACCAAAUCAGAUACCUUGUUUUUUCUCAAAGGAAAGGUCUUGCAUAUUUUCUUUGCAAGACCACAAUACUAGAAUCAUGAGUGAGUUCUAACUAAAACCAUCUACAGAUUGUAUCCUUGUUUUGCUUGCCAUUUGUAGAUGCCCACCCUUACCAUUCUUUCUCUGACAGACACUGCCAUUUUGGAGUGACAGAAAUGAAUAGCAAUUCAGGAAAUUAUUUUUGCUCCGUAGAAUACAUGUCAUGUGUCUUUGUUACCAUGGUCGUGAAUUUUGAUACAUACAUAUGGAUACCCUUUUGAAGUCAAGCAUGUCAUGUACCA